UAAAAAGUUUAUUUUUGUUCAAAAUUCAUAGACGUUUUCCAUAUAUCUCUUCUCUGUAAAGAAUCUUGAAUCCAUAAUUUGUAUGAAUCAUAGAUUGUAGAUGUUCUUUGGCUUGGGUUUAGAGAACCCAACAUAGAUUUCUCUGCACAGGAAAAGUUUUCUUCUUUUUCGAUUCAUUCUUUGCCAGAAAUUAAAAAAACACACCUUUUUUUUUUGUUUGUUUGUUAAGUGGGUGUGGGUGUUUGGUUUAAUUUGAUUUGAUGUCUGGGGGUUCUCUCCUGUAGUAUUAGAUCGAGGGUUUUAGAGUGAGAUUUGUAAAAAUUUAGAAAAUGGGAUCUUCUUCUGGGCAAAGUGGAUAUGAUCUAUCUUUCAAGAUCUUGUUGAUUGGGGAUUCUGGUGUUGGUAAAAGUAGCUUGCUUCUCAGUUUCAUUUCCAGCUCUGUUGAAGAUCUUGCUCCCACUAUUGGUGUUGAUUUUAAGAUCAAACAGAUGAAAGUAAGAGGGAAAAGGCUGAAACUUACAAUCUGGGACACUGCUGGACAAGAAAAGUUCAGGACACUGACUAGUUCUUAUUUCAGAGGCUCCCAAGGAAUCAUUCUCGUUUAUGAUGUGACGAAAAGAGAGACAUUUAUGAACUUAGCAGAUGUUUGGGCUAAAGAGAUUGAGCUCUACUCGACUAACCAUGACUGCAUUAAGAUGCUCGUUGGCAACAAAGUUGAUAGAGAAUCUGAGAGGAAGGUUAGCCGGGAAGAAGGAAUGACUCUAGCUAAAGAACUCAAGUGUUUGUUUCAUGAAUGUAGUGCAAGAACCAGAGAAAACGUGAACCAAUGCUUCGAGGAGCUUGCUUUGAAGAUAAUGGAGGUACCUAGCCUUUUGGAAGAAGGUUCAAGCUCUGUGAAGAGAAAACCGGAUUAUCGAGCUAAUCAAGGCCGCUGUUGCAGCUCGUGAGUCGAUUAAUCAAAAUAGUCUUUCCGGGUUGGAAGUAGCCUCUUUUCUUUUGUGUGUAAAUUUUCCAGGAAGUUUGGCUCUUUUUGUAAAUGAUCAAUUUCUUAGAUUUUUCUCCUUGCCUCGGCUGAGAUUGUGUUAAUAAAGUUUGUACCAUAUCUGCAACUUGAUACGCUUGUAUAAGACAAAAACUUCGGUGGUUA